CUAGAAUAUAGCUUCAUUCUAAUAAAAAAUUAUUCGCACCGGUAAUUCAAAAUUAAUUCCACAAUGAUGAAAUCGGGGAUGGCCAGUGGAGUAGGAGAUAGAAUGGUGGAGGCACACGAACCCCCAUUCAACUUAAAGAAUUGUGGAUUGAUUCUGGUAUGUAUAGUGGCAGUCACGCACUGCGGUGAGUUCCCACAGAUCAUCACAGCGCUCGAAGCAUUCCGACUAGUAGGUUGGCAGUCCACUACGGAAGCGAUGGAUAUACUGUACACGAACCUGCUUGCGAUUCUAGUGGCCAAUAAAAAGUGGACUACGCAGGAUGACGAAUUAUAUGAAACAAGCGAACAUGGAAAUUACGAUCGUGAUUAUGCCGUAAGAAAAAUGCUUAUAAUUCUGCGGAAUGUCGAACCAGAAGAGCUCAAGAGCUCAUUUUGUGGCUGUAUGAGGACGUGUGGAUCCAUUAUGUUAGCAGUUAAAGACAAAAUGGCUCAGGUUGCUUUAGGAGGUAAUGCUUUCGGUCAAACAAUAGAAACAUACCUCACGCCCUAUACGCGUCCAAUGCUGAUUGAAAUGGUAGAUCAAGACGCGAAGCUGGCGAAAUGGAUUCCACUGUUCAUCAACGUCGUCGCUCACUCGGUUGGAUAUGCUUCGCUAUAGUGAUGUUCCGAGGUAUAGCUCUAUUCCAGUUCAUCAACAUUCUGAUCUUUAGGCCAGUGGCGAAAUUAGAAGGCCGCAGUGUAGUUGAAUGGGCACUUGAUGAAGCUGCAUCUCUACAAGUUGCGUGUUUACUUUACGUGCUGGCUUCUAUCGGGUCGUCGUAUACUGCCGUUCUUGCCGACCUACUUCUUGCGCCGGCGCAUUUGCUAGAAAUCAAUUUAGCAUAUAUCACGAGAUAAGCUAUACGUGCCACAGUAGACCGUCCAGAUGGAUCAACAGAGUCUCCUUGUAAAAUACAUGCGUUAUUCGCAAAGCCGAUAUCAAAAUAACUAAAUACAG